GCAGCAUCGCCCGGUGCCACUGCCAUGUUCUUCUACUAGAGGCGACUUCGACGGGAGGAGGUGGCAAUUGAAAGGCUUUGAACUCCUUUUGUAGUUGGAUUGAGUGUAAUGAGUUGACUACAUCCUUGCUUGCUAGAGAGGGACUUAGAAUGAUGCCAGCUUUAACAGCAACAAGGUCAUGCUUUCUUGUUGGCAAUUAUCUGUCAUUAAGAAUAUUUUCUCGGCUUCAGAAGACAGUUUCAUUUCACAAAAGUCUUCCAGUUUUCAGUAAGGUUGGUCACGAGACUGGACCUCUUACGCUAACAAGUCUCGGACUGAAGAGUGAAACUGAAACAACUACUGGAAAUGAGAAAAAUAGACUCCAGCAUGGGGUUUCUACACUAGAAUUCCCAAAAAGUAAGAGGAAGAAAGUUGGUAGUAAUAGAGAAAAGUUGGUUGCAGCUAAGAAGAGUCCAGACAUUCCGGCAGCCCCUUUUGCUGCUCAAUCUUUUUCUGAGCUUGGCCUUCCUCCUUUGUUGGUUGACAGGUUGGAGAAGGAAGGAUUUAAGGUCCCAACUGAUGUUCAAGCUGCAGCAAUUCCCACAAUUCUAAAGCGUCGCGAUGUUGUGAUUCAGUCUUACACUGGUUCAGGGAAAACAUUGGCAUAUCUUCUGCCCAUUUUAUCUGGGAUUGGCCCACUGAAGGAAGAUUCUUCAACUUUUGAUGAGCCUAAGAUCAAAUCAGAGAUAGAAGCAGUUAUUGUGGCUCCUUCCAGGGAGCUGGGGAUGCAGAUUGUGAGAGAAGUUGAGAAACUAUUAGGACCUUCUGACAAGAAACUGGUUCAGCAACUUGUGGGAGGUGCGAACAGAUCAAGGCAAGAAGAUGCCCUUAAGAAGAACAAGCCGGUCAUUGUAGUUGGGACACCAGGACGAAUUGCAGAGAUAAGCGCAGCUGGAAAGCUUCACACUCAUAGCUGUCGAUACCUGGUCUUAGAUGAAGUUGAUGAGCUCCUUGCUUUCAAUUUUCGGGAGGAUAUACAUCGGAUUUUAGAGCAUGUCGGAAGACGAUCUGGUACAGGUCAACAAGGUUCUAAUAGAUCUCAGGGUUGGCAGCCUGAGCGUCAGACAAUCAUGGUCUCUGCUACAGUGCCAUUUUCUGUGAUAAGGGCAGCUAGGAGCUGGGCAAAUGAUCCACUCCUUGUCCAAGCCAAAAGUGUUGCCACACUUGAAUCUGUCUCUCCCUCUGGACCCAUUAAUUUUCCAGGGACUACUUCCAACUCAAGUUCAAGCUCAAACUAUCAGAAACUGCCAGCAGUUCAGAGCCUACCACCUAAUCUUCAACAUUAUUUCUUUGUUACUAGGAAACAACACAAAGUUGAUGCGUUGAGGAGAUGUGUGCAUGCUUUGGAUGCUAAGUCCAGCAUAGCUUUUAUGAAUCACACUAAACAGCUAAAAGAUGCUGUUUAUAAGCUGAAAGCUCGAGGGAUCAAAGCUGCAGAAUUGCAUGGAGAUUUAAGCAAACUUGCCAGAUCAACCAUCCUAAAGAAGUUUAGGGAUGGGGAAGUUAGAGUACUGCUAACAAAUGAGCUUUCAGCUAGGGGUUUGGAUGUGCCAGAAUGUGAUCUUGUAGUUAAUCUGGAAUUGCCCACUGACUCGGUUCACUAUACACAUCGAGCUGGCCGAACAGGUCGACUUGGCAGAAAGGGUACUGUUGUCUCCAUAUGUGAAGAUCCAGAAGUAUAUGUUGUGAAGAAAUUACAGAAGCAACUUGGUAUCCUCAUUCAGGGUUGUGAUUUUGCAGAGGGCAAACUUCUUGUUACUGAAGAAGAAAAGAUGCUAAAAUCUGUAAGGCAGUGAAGUAAUAGAAUUUUCAGUAAAUAUCUUAUAAGAGAAUUUUUGACAACAUUGUUUUGGUUUUGUUCUGCUUGUUUCUUUCGACAAGAAGUUGCAGGUAUUUUGUAAGGCUACUUAAUUGAAUCUGUUAUUAAGGCUUAACUGAUUUUUCA